AUCCUUGUCUACAGUAUGUAUACUGUAUGCCCCAAAGUGCAAUUACUAGAAUAUCCAGGGGGCAUUUUCUUGAAUACCACUUGUGAGAACAUUGCAACCUUCAAAAGCAAGGUCAUAGACAUAAGAGGGGAGAAAGAUAUAGCAAUUGGGUAUGACUCUUGUUCCUGUGUCAUCCUUAGUAUGAAAGCAGAGCACAAGAGAAUGCCACAAGAGGAUGAUGAAUCAGAGAUCAACCUCCUCAAGAAGGAACUUGAAGUCUCUCUGCAAAGAAUUGAUACAUUGGAGAAAGAAAACCAGGAGCUAAAACAGGAAGUAAGCCGUCUGAAAGCGAAGAUAAGUACCCUUAAAGCAUACAAUAAUGAGAGGAAGACCGUGCUCUGGAAGAAGUUACAGAAUUCUCUGGACAGCAACUAUACAGAUGCACCUCAACACAAACCGUCCGCUUUCAUCAAUGUAUCAGAGCAGAUUCCAGGAACUGAAAAAUCAUCUACUAGAACAAGUUUCCUGGAAUCAACAGCGGAAAAACCAGUGAAGGUUCCAACGCCGCCACCGAGACCCAAUUCAGUCACUCCCACUUUGCCCAACAAAGUGAAAGGAAAUAAAGCUGUAUCUCUGUCAUCGCCAGCACCAGCACCGCCACCACUUCCAUCUAAAUCGCUAGCUGGGUCGAGAGCAGUGCGUCGUGUGCCAGAGGUGAUCGAGUUGUACCGUUCACUAACUAGGAGAGAUGCUGCCCACAAGGAGGACACAACCAAUCCUACAGGAACUCCAGCAGUUGCCUCUACUAAGAACAUGAUUGGAGAAAUUGAAAACCGCUCAAAAUAUCUUUCUGCUAUAAAAUCAGAUGUGGAAAGACAAGGGGAUUUCAUCAAGUUCCUUAUAAAAGAGUUAGAAUCUGCAGCUUUUAGAGAUAUUUCCGAUGUGGAGGCCUUUGUGAAAUGGCUGGAUGGGGAAUUAUCUUCAUUGGUUGACGAAAGGGCAGUGCUGAAGCAUUUCACACAAUGGCCAGAACGAAAAGCAGAUGCACUGAGAGAAGCUGCUUGCACCUACCGAGAUCUAAAGAGCCUUGAAUCUGAAGUAACACAUUUUGUGGACAACCCAAAAGAGCCUUUGACCCAAGCUCUGAGAAGAAUACAAGCAUUGCAAGACAGGUUGGAGCAAAGCAUUGACAACAUAGAAAGGCUGAGGGAAAGCACAAGCAAUAGGUACAGGGAUCUCCAGAUCCCUUGGGAGUGGAUGCUGGACACAGGGCUUAUUGGUCAGAUGAAACUAAGUUCAUUGAAGCUCGCCAGAAAAUACAUGAAAAGGAUAACUAAAGAACUGCAUGCUCAUGAAUGCUCGGGUGAAGAGAAUCGCAUGCUUCAAGGAGUUCGAUAUGCAUAUCGAGCACACCAGUUUGCAGGCGGUUUUGAUGCAGAGACCAUACAAGCAUUUGAAAAUCUAAAGAAGGCUGGCUUGAGGAGAGAGUGAUUUUUCAACUGUCGCUAAACACCCAAUACAUGUCAGAAUAUGAUAAUGGAUAAGUGGUAUAGAAUAAAAUCCACCAGUAUUAUUAAGCAUCCUAGCUAGUUAACUCAUAUGAUUCGUUCAAUGAUUGCAAAUGUUGGUUCCAUAUUAUAGGCAAGGGUCAUAGAUUAGUGGCCGUAGUUCCAAACUCUAAAGCAAGACAUUCAAAGACGUGGAAAACCAACCUUGGUAAUUUUAAAGCUUA